ACCUGAUUUAUACCUGUAUCCGACCUGUACUGAAACAGAACGGGUUCCGUUCGAAAGAGUGUGAACAUUCAGCCCACUCACGACGUUAGGGGGAGGGUCUUUGUGCGACGCAGAUGUACACCACGUGUAAAAUGCCCAAAUCUAAGGGGCUACUGAAAUCGAGCUUCGCCACGGACUCAAAAAGUGGCUGAAGACUUGCGAUAUGUCGAUGGUAGUACCGUGCCAGUGGUUUGUACGCUGCGUGGGUUUGUUCGCCGCUGGUAGGGGAUAUAGAACUGGCAGGUUAAGAUUCCAUUGGACGUUCUUGGAUCAUUUUGGUGAAUCCAUGAUAGAUGUUCAGACUAAAGGAGGUCACUGAUGUUGAUUUUUGAAUUGAAAGAAGAUAUCGAUGGUGAUUUAUUCGUCAUGUGAGAACAUCCAAGGCUUGCCAGAGUGAAAAGGAUGUCCGUAUCGCGGCCCAGGAAGUACAGAAAGUCCAGGUCUGGGAUGUGGUGACUCCUGAAUAAAAUGACGGCAGC